AUGGCCCGUACAAAACAAACCGCUAGAAAAUCAACUGGUGCUAAAGUACCAAGAAAACAUUUGGGUAACAAAUCUUCUCAAAAAUCUUUUCCAUCAACCCAAGGUUUAAAGAAGACCCAUCGUUUCAGACCAGGUACUGUCGCACUUAGAGAAAUCCGUAGAUACCAAAAGUCAUCUGAACUCUUAAUCAAGAAGUUACCAUUCCAACGUUUAGUUAGAGAAAUCGCACAAGAAUUCAAAACCGAUCUUCGUUUCCAAGCUGCUGCCAUCCAAGCUCUUCAAGAAGCCUCAGAAGCUUACUUGGUUGGUCUCUUUGAAGAUACCAAUUUAUGUGCCAUCCACGCUAAACGUGUCACUAUCAUGGUUAAGGAUAUUCAAUUAGCCAGACGUAUCAGAGGUGAACGUGCUUAA